AUGGCAUCCUAUUCCUACCAACCACUUGCUUCCCCAACAAACAUCCGGAUUAUCGCACUCGACCCAUCUCCCAACAGAGACUCCCCACUCCGCUGCAGGAUCGAGGAAAUCUCCGUCAACAACCUCGAGGAGACUUACGAAGCAAUCUCAUACACAUGGGGUGCUCCGAUCUUCUCGCAGUCAAUCUAUUCCUCUGAAAAUACCGUCCUUCGCAUUACGCCGAAUUUGCACGCUGCGUUGACGCGAUUUCGCUCUCCGCAUUAUGUCCGUCGUCUUUGGGCUGAUUCAAUUUGUAUCAACCAAGGGGACGAUGAUGAAAAGACAGUCCAGAUUCAGCUUAUGCGCCAGGUGUUUAGGAAUGCAAGUAGGGUGCUAGUUUGGUUGGGAGACAGGCAGGAUGGGGAGGAGGCCGUGAAGCUUCUCUGUAAGAAGACAAAGGGAGAUGAUAGAUCCGUCGAAAGUAUGGCCGCAUUUGAGAUUGAAAAGCAAGGCAUGCGGAUACAGCAGCUUUUUGAAAUGCCGUGGUUCAGUCGACGGUGGAUUAUUCAGGAGAUCGUCCUGAAUCCGGACGUGGUAAUAUGCUGUAACCGUGCAGAGAUAUCUCUCGUCCGUCUGUUUCAGGGAUUGAAUGUCUUAUCUGGUACUGCACUGCUUAGUCGAGUGGACAGCCAUGUCGUCGAGUCACUAGUGACGAUAUACGAGCUGUGGAAAAACUGGUCGAUGGGAGAUAAGAAGACCGCUCAACAGGAAUUAAUCUCACUGCUACCCAAAUUCCAUCAUUUCGGGUGCGUUGACGAUCGAGAUAGAAUCUAUGCACUCUCCGCUUUGGCAAAUGAUAUCCCAACCCCUGAGGACAACUCCAUCUACGCAGACGGCGUACCGGAUGUCUUUGAUUAUUCCGCCAGUGUAGAGGAAGUGUAUACUGCAUUUGCAGCAACCAUGCUAUCAUCGAACCCGGUCAAAUUGCUUUUAUACGCCGAGAUGCACCGUCAUAAAGACGACAGCCGCACAUUGCCUUCGUGGGUUCCAGACUGGAGGCAGCCUCCGCAUGAUGAUACAUGGAUGCCUUCAAACUGCAUUCCAAUGUAUUACCAUGAUAUCAUAUGCAGUAUCUCACACAAAAGAACAUUGGAGGUCAAGCUCAACUGGGGAUACUAUGUAGCAGUUGAAGCUGUCAAGCCUUAUGAGCUGCAUGAGUUUAACCCUAAAGCAACCUGGAAGUGGCUGUUCUCAUUCCUCACCUCUACUGGGGGAUUUUCUCCAUACCACGCAGAUUCUUUAAUCCAGAAAAAACUACUGCCUUUGGCUAGGGACAGUACUAGCUCGUCUGUGGUGGCGCCCAGUGGUUCUUCUGUCAGCAAGUUCCUGAAGGACGAUCACCAUUACAAAUCCCUCCACGACCUCCUCGUCGGGAAAUCGAUCUUUCUGAACGGCCGCCAGGAUGAGAACACGAUGCGUCUGCUAGUUAACCAUGCUUCGGUUGGCAUAGCCCCGCCAAAGACACAGAAUGGCGAUGUCGCUUUUAGAAUCGGAAAUUGCAGUGCUAUUAUCCUCAGACGUGCGCCGUCGGAUAAUUUGCCCUCUCCCGAGUUGGCGUUCCAGUCUGUUGGUGUGGCAAUGGUUAAAUUCGCAAGGACCGGUCUGAUGCAGAGUGAUGCUGUGAAAAUAAACAUUAUCUAGCUCGACAUCCUUAGAUUCAAAAACAAUGAUACAAAUGUACUCAUUCCUGU